CGGGAAAACAUAGAAAUGAACUUGACAAAGCCGAUUGGCAACGUGACCAAGCUGAAUUAUUAUUUAUUUACUCAUUCACAUCGGAAGAUUAUCGGUAAUUGGCUUGGUGCCAGCUAUAUUCACAGAACGACUUAUAGUUAUAAAAUGUCCAAGUUCAUAGAAAUACCUGUACAGGCUGAAAAGCUGCUGAAGCUAACGCGUUCCACAGUAGUGCCAACAUUGAAUGCCACCGAUAGCGGCGUCAAUCAACGUCACAAAGGUCAAGCUGGACGUAUUGGUGUCAUCGGGGGUUCGCUGGAGUAUACGGGUGCACCAUAUUUCUCAGCCAUAAGCGCUAUGCGUGUAGGUGCCGACCUGGCUCAUGUAUUUUGCCAGCGAGAUGCAGCGGUUGUCAUUAAAUCUUACAGUCCAGAAUUAAUCGUACACCCUUUGCUAGAUGCAGAUGAUGCAGUGGAGCAAAUAACGCCGUGGAUGGAGCGCCUCCAUGUAUUGGUGAUUGGACCUGGACUAGGACGUGACCCAAAGAUACAAAAGACUGCUAUACGCCUUAUCAAACUAUGUAAAGAGCUUAACAAACCACUAGUCAUCGAUGCGGAUGGUUUAUUUAUACUCAAUGAAAAUAUCGAUUUAGUAAACGGAUUAUGUAACGUCAUCUUGACGCCAAACAAAGUCGAAUUUCGUCGUCUCUUCACUGAAGAUGUGGAGGUCAUGAAACACCGUAUGGCACAACUGGGAGAUGGUGUGAUUGUACUUGAAAAGGGACCGCACGAUAAGAUCUAUAUACCAAGCACAUCUGAAAUCUAUACUUUACCGGCUGGAGGUUCUGGACGUCGUUGUGGUGGUCAAGGGGAUUUACUAUGCGGCUCUAUUGCUACAUUUUUCCAUUGGGCUUUAGAAUCUAAUCAAGCAAAUGCCGCAUUUGUAGCUACGUUCGCCGCGUGUUAUUUGGUCAAGAAAUGCAAUGCUGCCGGUUAUCAAAAAUUGGGCCGCAGUAUGUUGGCUAGCGAUAUGCUUAAUGAGAUUCCAUCGGUAUUUCGGAAUAUCUUCGAAGAUCCGUAAUGAGUAUGAGAUUAGGUCUAUGAACACCCGUAGAUGUUUAUGAAAAGCGUUGAGCAAACACCUGUUGAUUGCAUUUUAUUGUUAUUUGUUUCCACUUCUUAUAUUAGUCCAAGUUUUAGAUAAGGAAUUAAUUACGUAAAUAAAGAGUCACUCUCACACAUGCGCGGUAUUGGAAGUGUGGUACAAGGCGGUACAUAACUAUACUAUGUACCGCCUUGUACCGUACUUCCAAUACCGCGUUUGUUUGAGUGUCCCUUAAAUAUUUAUAUCUUGAUUGGAUAUUUCCUAUGAAAGUAGUUGGCAAAGUAAAGAAGACAAUACUCGGAGGUAAUAAAAUGUAUCAUCCUAAAAACAUUACAUUUUUAUUUUUUAUCAUGAAAAUUUUUAUACAUAUACAUAUAUCUGUUUAAGAGAAUUGUAUAAUUUAAACCGAAAUAUGAAAUUAAUAUUUAACCUAUUAUUUAUAUGUUUUGCUAUAGGUCGCGUAAAACAUUACAAUUUUACUGCUUUAUUUACUUUUGCUUCUGUCGAUAUUUCGCCACAAAUAUUGAAAAAGCAAAAGUGUUAUACAUAUUUUAUUUAAUACUCGGCCUGGAGCCCAAAAAUAUAUUAUUAAAAUAUAAUAAACGGCCAAUAUCAAACAUAUGUAACUAUUUAUAUGUAUGCAUGUAUAAUGAAUUGCUAUUUCUCCUUAAUGUAGUUUAUUGACACAAAAAUUAUCAAUAUUCGUCCAAGGUGUAUUAAACAAGGUGUGAUUGACAACUCAGGUAGGCUCUUUUUUUUAAGGUACUAUUAUGCCAAGAAAUAUAAACAAGCGAUUCGAAAUUCAUACAAAAUUUUUUCAAUUAGACUAUAGGAUGGUUCUGAGAUCAAUGUCAAAUUCAAUCACACUUUGUUGAAUAGAUUUUGUAUUCGUCUAUCUAAAAGUCACAAAAUACAGCCCCUUAAUCGAAUUACAGCGUUAUAGAGCUAAAAUAAAUCUGGCAAA